AUGGGGAAGCUUGGCGUUCAAAUCACCGCCGGAAUCUCGGCCACAAUGGUCUUGCUCAGCAUCAUUUCCGCCAUCUACAUCUUCAACGACAUCAACUCGCUUUACGAUGAGAUCAUGACUGACAUGACCGUCUUCAAGGAGAACGCUGAUGACGCCUGGACAGCGAUGAUCAAGGCUCGCCGUCAAAUGGAGCCAUCGUUUGAGCAGGUCAUCAGCCGGCAUCGUCGUCAAUACGAUGCCGCUUCCACCGGCGGUGGCGCUUCUCAAGGAGGAUCUGGUGGAUGUGGCGCCUGCUCUCGCAAUGCCAACAACUGCCCACCUGGCCCACCAGGACCUCCAGGACAGCCAGGUGCUCCGGGUCAAGAUGGAACUCCAGGAGAUGCCGGAAAAGCUGGACUUGAAGGAGCAGCUCAAGUUGGCGACUUUGGUGGCUCUCGUGGCUGCUUCCCAUGCCCAGCUGGACCAGCUGGCCCACCAGGUCCGGACGGACCUCCCGGACAACCCGGACCCGAUGGACAGCCAGGCCAAGGAGGCAACGAUGGACAGCCAGGAAGUCCGGGAACCGAAGGACCAAGCGGAGACGCCGGACCAGACGGACAGCCAGGCGCUCCAGGAAACCCAGGACAGCCCGGCAGCCCAGGCCAACGUUCUUCUCCUCUUCCAGGACCUCCAGGACCAGCUGGCCCAGCCGGACCCCCCGGACAGCCAGGGCAGGACGGCAGUGGAAACAGCGCUCCAAUUCCUGGCCCACCAGGACCACCCGGAGCUCCAGGACAGCCCGGAAACCCGGGGCAAGAUGGUCAGCCAGGUGCCCCAGGAGGCCCAGGAUCCUCGGGACACGAUGCCGAAUACUGCCCUUGUCCACCUCGUGCUGGCGAAGCUCCGGUCAGUGGCGGAAGCCAAGCUCAGACCUACCCUGCCGAGGCAGCCCCAGCUCCAGCUGCUGCGCAGAACUAUCAACGCAUGACCAAACGUCAACGGUUGUUGCGUCAGCGGGCUCGUCAAGUUGCUCGCAACUGA